AUGUUUACUGUUCUUUCCCGGCAGCCCUGUGAACAAGCAGUUGGUGUUCCAGUAUCAUGGAAAUCUCAAGCUGUGCCACAGUCAGGCUUCAAGGCCCUGUCUCGGACCCCUGCUGUGGUUGCCUUGGUGGUCUUACUCGUAAGCGUGGCUGUGCUGAUGGCCAUAACGCUCAUUCAGAUCAACCAGAAAGAAGUCCUGGCCCCAGGCCUGAAGUAUGGGAUAGUGCUGGAUGCCGGAUCAUCGAGGACUACUGUCUACGUGUACCAGUGGCCAGCAGAGAAGGAAAACAACACAGGGGUGGUUAACCAGACCUACAGGUGCAGUGUGAAAGGCUCCGGGAUUGCCAGUUAUGGAGGCAAACCCCAAGCUGUCCCCAGAGCUUUUGAGGAUUGCAUGCAGAGAGUGAAGGAGAAGAUUCCCGCUGACUUGCACAAAAGCACACGGGCUCAUUUGGGAGCCACGGCGGGGAUGCGGCUGCUAAGGUUGCAAAACGAAUCCGCAGCUCGAGAAGUCCUUGCAAGCAUUCAAACCUACUUCGAGUCUCAGCCCUUUGAUUUUAGGGGUGCUCAAAUCAUUUCUGGGCAAGAGGAAGGGGUGUAUGGAUGGAUUACAGCCAACUAUUUAAUGGGCAAUUUCUUGGAGAAGAACGUGUGGAACACCUGGAGCCAUCCUCACGGGGUGGAGACGACGGGGGCGCUGGACCUCGGCGGGGCCUCCACCCAGAUUUCCUUCGCCCCCCAAGAGGAGGCCGGGCCCAGGGCCAACAGCACGGUGCAGGUGUCCCUCUAUGGCUACGACUACACCCUCUACACCCACAGCUUCCAGUGCUACGGCCGAGACGAGGCUGAGAAGCGGUUUCUUGCGAGGCUCUUCCAGAAUUCAACAGACAAAAGCAAGCUGGUCAACCCCUGCUAUCCCCGGGAUUACGUGACUUCUUUGACGAUGGAAUACAUAUUUGGAAGUUUGUGUACGGAAGAGUUAAGACCAACCCACUAUGAGCCAGGAUACAAAAUUACCCUGGAAGGAACCGGGGACCCCAGUUUGUGCAGAGAAAAGGUUUAUUCCCUGUUCGACUUUCAAGUUUGUCGUGAUCGAGAAGAGUGCUCGUUUGAUGGUAUCUAUCAGCCAAAGGUUAAAGGGACUUUUGUGGCUUUUUCGGGAUUCUACUACAUCACCAAUGCUCUGAACCUCACCGGGAGCUUUUCUUUGGACGCCUUUAACUCGAGCUCGUGGGAUUUCUGUUUGCAGAGCUGGAGCCAGCUUCCUCUGAUGCUGCCCAAGUUUGAUGAGGUUUACGCCCGGUCUUACUGCUUCUCCGCUCACUAUAUCUAUCAUCUGCUAAUAGAUGGCUAUAAAUUUACACGAGAGACUUGGCCUAAAAUACAUUUUAAAAAAGAAGUGGAGAACAGCAGCAUCGCCUGGUCUCUGGGCUACAUGCUGAACCUCACCAACAUGAUUCCGGCCGAGAGCCCCCAGAUCCAGCUGCCCAUGAAGCCCCAGGUGUUCACAGGGACCAUGUUCUUCUUUGCUGGGGUGGCCCUGCUCUGCCUGGUUUUCCUCGUUUACCUGUGCGUGGCGUCCAGGCUGCAGGGGGGCUCCCAGCACGGUAUCGACCACGGCUUCGACGCCGAGUGAGCCGAGGAGAAGAGCUGCUCUUGGUGUCCAUGGUCUGCUCGGGGUGAGAAAGCUUUCAGGAGCGGGCAGAGUGAACCUCGGCGUGGAGAAGUGAAGCGGGAUCACGAGGAGGGGGCCCUUCCAGAGGCCCCCGAGCCGGGACCUUCUCAGCCCACCUGGAUCGAUGAUCUCCACCCCCUCCUCCAACGGCCCUGUGUCCCCCUGAUUCAUCCUAGGGCGGGUUAGAGAAGAGAAGUGGCCUUGGAAGUGAGUCCGAAAACCUGGCUGAGAAGGAAUCUUGGCUCCUCUGUGACUUUGGAAUAGCCCCCUUCCUCUGUCUGGGUCUCACUUACUCGCCUUGAAAAUAUGGACCCUGACGGUCUCCUCUAGCUCUGAAUAGAAAAUCCUAUGAUUCUAUGAACAUUCAAGGUCAGACUUUGCAGACGGCUCCUAGGAUGAAGGAGCUUUAAAAUAAACCUAAGUAUACAAGAAACGCCCCUUCUUGGCUCCCCAAGAAAUAUACUCUGUGGCUAAUGAAUUUGAAAGAAAACAGCAUUUUUGAUGGCAGCACAGAAAUACGGAAGAGCAUCCCGGUGUUCUCAGAAUGCAUAGUACGCCUGGCACUUAGUAGGACUUCACAAAUAUUUGUUCAUUUGGCUUGUUCUUGGCACUCUGUGACAUUCUUCAGGACCUUUAAGGCCUCUAGUCAGUCAGGCUGCUCAUUUUUUCCCAAUUUCUUUAUUUUAAAUACACAUUUUUUUAUGAAUCAUAUUGGGAGAGAAAAAUCAGAGCAAAAGGGAAAAACCAGGGGAAUGAAAACAGAACAGAAAUGAGAUGUAAACGUAGCAUGUGUUGACUUACUUCGGUCUCCCGAGUUCUUUUUCUGGAUGCAGAUGGCAUUUCCUGUCCAAAGUCUACUGGGAUUGCUUCGGAUCGCUGAACCACGGCAAGCCGCUCACUUUUAUGUCCUAAUUAUUAGCUCUUAAACGGCACCUUCCGGCAGGGGCUCGCUAGGGAGCAUGUCUGCGGCCGGAAAGGGCUUCCUGGUAAGCCUUCGGACGUCCCAUCUGUUGGUCACCAGGAUGUUACCAAGUUGUCUCUGUUCUGAAGGGGAUUCGUCCCCCUCCCCCAGCCCUGUAAGGCAGAGAAGGGUCCAUACUUCUAGGCUUAUGGCUUCACAGUAAGCUGCACAGUCAGUAGCAGCCAGAAAUGGUCUCCCCCUGCACAGGGUUCUGUUCUGCCUCCCUGAUUCCAGUCUCCUCACGCGCUUUCGAGUGCAGACUCCCCGCCAUUCCAACUUCCCCUCCCAUAGUUCUUGGGUCUGGCCCCUUAACUUGGCCAGAGUCAGUGGGUCCCAAACCUUCCCUUUAGUCGGCCUUUUGCCCAGGCUGUUAUCCAGGUAACCAUUGGAAAUGUAGAUAGACGAUGGUUUUAGAAGCUGGCAGUGACCUCCUCCGGGGUGUCCCGUCCUGGGAGAACGGAAGCCUCUUGGGGGCUAACACGGCUUUUACAAAAUGUUUCUUUGUGCCCCCCACAGACGAGGGCCUUCAUAAAGGCUUCCGGGAUUUGACCGGAUUUCUCAUUCCCAUGCAUGCCUGAUGCCUUUCAAAAUAGGAGCUGAAACCCUUAUCCCACAGCUUCCUCAUUAGUUUCUUUCCCAAGCUACGGGCCACGGCCCCACGUGUAGACCUCUUAGUUCAGCCGCCCUAGACGUAUCAGGAGGUGCGGCCCACCGCCGCCACUUCUGAAUCCAGGGCAGAGUGGAGAUUCCAAAACAGAACCACUUCUUGCUGCUACCAUUUACUCACGCUGUAGCAAAAAUUAGGGGAUUUGAAACUGUCUCAAGCGACGUUCAAUAUAUGAAAUAAAGGCCGAUGGUUUUUCCUUA